CUGAUGAAGUGCGCAAAUGAGACGGUCACCAUCGAACUGAAGAAUGGCACUGUCAUCUACGGCACUAUCGCCUCCGUCUCCCCCCAAAUGAACACCGCUCUCCGAACAGUCAAAAUGACCCAGAAAGGCCGCGACCCUGUCUCGCUCGAUACCAUCAACCUGCGCGGCUCCACUAUCCGCUAUUUCAUCCUACCUGAUAGUCUCCCACUCGAUACGCUGCUUAUUGACGACCAACCCAAACCGAAGAACAAGGCGCGAAAGGAAGCUGCGGACAGGGGCGGACGAGGCGGACGCGGUGGUCCUAGGGGAGGAAGGGGUGGUCGCGGUGGCGGAGGUGGCCGGGGACGUGGACGCGGUGGAGGGCGUGGCUUCUGAGGGGUUGGCUUCUGAGGGGUGGGCUCGUACUGCUGAGAGAUAUACGGCUGUGAUGCGGCUGUGGAAUGGAUUCACAUGGUGUCUGGGGUUCAUAAAGUCACACGGAACUGAUCAUCGAGACCCUGAAAUUAUCAAAGAGGCUCGAGAAUAAUACAAAAAAGGACAAAUUCAAUCUGCAAUAAGUCUG